GUGUGUGUGUGUGUGUGGGGGGGAGGCGUAUGGACGAAUGGAUGGUUUUUCCAUCAUGCUGCUGAUGCAUCUGAUUAGCACACACUCUUGAACUGGGAACUCUUUGUUGUACACGUACAGGGGGAAAAAAGAAAAAACUUUCUGUCCCCCUCUCUCUGCUGUUAUCUGACCAAGAGACGUCUUAUCUUGUUCAGAUGAAAAUGGUACGGUGGAGUGAUGACUGGGAGAACCAGAGGGAGGCUGAGAGGGAAAAGAAAACAGAACAAUUCCCUCCAGCUUGAGCGCAAAGGACCAUCGAACGCAGAUCCACCAGGGGACAUGACCAAACAGCAGCUCCAUUGAGACACUGGAAGAUUUUUUAGCCUCUGGACAGAAAAAAAACAGGGAGACUGUGUGGUAGCCUGAGGAGGGCAAAAAUAUAGUGUGAGAAGGAAAGUUUCGGAAGGGACCACCAUGCCUGAGAACAAACCUGUGGUGUCUCGGACCAGCAGUUACCUAUCGCACUCUGCCUACAGGAAGAUCAAGCGAGUGUUGAGUUUCCGAAGGCGUGUGUUUGGCCAGCGUCUGGAGGAGACGGUGCUGUAUGAGCGUCGCUAUGGUGUGCACAUGGCUCCGCUGGUGGUGGAGCAGUGUGUGGACUUCAUCCGGCAGCGCGGCCUGACCGAGGUGGGCCUGUUCAGGCAGCCGGGCCAGGCCACGCUGGUCAAGGAGCUCCAGGAGGCCUUCGACGCCGGGGAGAAGCCUUCCUUUGACAGCAGUACUGAUGUGCACACGGUGGCGUCUCUGCUGAAGCUUUACCUGAGGGAGCUCCCGGAACCUCUAGUGCCCUUCUCCAGAUACCCUGACUUCCUCGUUUGUGGCAAGAGCAUCUCUGCAGAGAGGCAGCAGGGAUUACUGGAGCUAAGAUGUUUACUCCACGAACUUCCAGUGGCGAACUUCAACCUACUGAAGUACAUCUGCCAGUUUCUGAGUGAGGUCCAGACCUACUCCAGCAGCAACAAAAUGAGCAUUGACAACCUGGCCACUGUGUUCGGGCCCAACAUCUUACGGCCGAAGGCAGAGGAUCCAGAGAGCAUCAUUGGAGGAGCAGCAGUGGUGCAGCACCUGAUGUCCGAGCUCAUCAGGGAACACAGCCUGCUCUUCUCCAGCGACGGAGACUCCGACGACCUCAGGAUCUCCAGACCUGCCCCGCAGGCAGCCGCGCACACCCGCCACAGCAGUAGCCAGGCCGAGUGGGUGUGUACGGAGCUGCUGGACCCAGAGGAGGUGGAGGACUGUGGCCCCUGUGGGAGUCUGGCUGGUGGUGUUGGUGUCAGUGCCUCCGACUGCCCCCUUCCUUCCCCACGCCCAGCCUCCACGCCUUGCUCCCAUCAGCUGUCCCUGCCGCUCACCUUGGAGCAUAAUAGACGCGUGUCUACACACAGCCCCAGGGAAAGGCGCAAGUCUCCCUUUAUAAUGGAGACGGAGGACCAGCCCUGUGUUGCUGCUGCUGCUGCUGUUGCCUCAGCAAUAGGUCCCAGUCCUGUUAUGGAGCCACACCACCACCAGCGCUACAGCCCUGCCUUGCCCAAGUGCCAUUCCCCACAUUCAGGUCUCAUCCCUCCCCCUACCAGCCCGCCUGCCCCUGGCUCUCCGCCGACAGCUGUUCUGGAAGGUCCAUCGCAGCGCGUGGACUGGCCAGGCGUGGAGGACCCAAGCUGGACUGUGGACAAAGACCUGGGGGGCAACAGUGGCAGCAGCGACGCGCAGGACAGCACUCUGUCCGUCUACGACAACAUGGACACUAUGACCUCGUUCCUUCCUUGCGAGGAGGGUGGGGCGGACGGGGCGGACGGGGCGGACAUGGGCAGCGGCCCUGGCACGGCCGAGCCAGAGGGUGGCAGCGGGAGCUCGUGGUCGUCCUGCGAGGCCCUGCUCCAAGAUGGCACCCAGAGCGGCAGCGGAGGGCCCGCCAGCCCGGCGUGCCAGGCCUCCAUCAGCUUCCCUUCCUUGUUCCAGGCGGUGCGCGACGGGGACGCAGACGCAGACGCCCACCCCAACUCUCCGGCCUCGUCCUCGGCCCCCACCGACGCGCCGCUCAGCACAGGCAGCAGCGAGGUCUUCCUGCCCUCUGCGCCUCCGGAGCCCCACGUAUCCACGGCCUCCCACGCCAUGCACUGCCUCCUGGCCGGCCUCAGGCAGCAGAUGGCUCGGCAGAAAGCGGAGUACGAGGCUCGGAUACAGAGGCUAGAGCGGCGGAACGAGGCGUUGCAGGCGGAGGUGUCUGGGCUGAGGUCCAGCCUGGAGCAGCAAAGGCGCUGGUUCAGCGUGGCUGAGAUCAAGAUGCGCAACGUGGAGCGGGCCAGGGCCGACGCGGACCGGAGAAACGCCGCCCUCCAGAAGGAGAUGGAGCAGUUUUUUGAUACUUUUGGUGACCUCAGCGCAGAGGCCAAGAAAACGGACCGAAUUAUACAAAGCUUUUAAUUUUUAAACCAAAACGACUGCAUUUUACAGGCUCAAAUCGAACACAUCCCAAGGCCUUAGGAUACAGGCCUUCGCCUCAACCCCAAGGGGACCUCUUACAGGACAUUGGAGUCAACUAGCUGUCCCAGUCAGUUCAUGAAAGACGUGAAAGAGGUUUCACACCGUGUUGUGUAAACACACUGGUUUAAAGGGAUCUCUGUGAAUUGUGAAAGGUGUGGCAAAGUUAACGCUCAAUAAGAUCCUGCUUUUAAUUGCUGAGUGACACUCAAGAGUGUUAAGGACAAUGAAGCAUGAAUUGGAUUACUGGAUUAUGCCUACAUGAUUAUAGCCUGCGCUUGGCAUCAUAGGCCUACAAUAUUUUGACUGUUGAAGCUGAGCGGUCAGAGUGGUAUGUUUGGUGACUGAGCAUACAGAUGUAAAUAAAAUAUAAUGCACUCAUAUCAUUACCACUCAUUUAUGACACUAAUAAAACACUAAGGCACCCUUACUUAAACGCUGCUGCUCCCAGUAUGCAACUUAUUGUGCAAGGCUAUGCCAUG